AUGGUGAACACUCAAAGACGGUUAGCAGUCGGGCCUAGGACGCCCAACCCACAAGUUGGCAACGCCGAAGGAAACACCAGUAGGCAUCCAGAAGGCGACUCCAGUCAGGAGAUCGGAGGUAGUCGACUAGAUCAAAUGGAGCGAAUACUGAGGAGUGUGGUGGGACUCAUACAAGAAACUCAGUCCCGAGACAACCAUGCAGUCAGCAUGCUUGAUCUUUAUCGUCGACAGAACCCUCCCAUCUUUCACGGGAAGCUUGGCGCAGACCCUAGUGAAGGAGAAUUUUGGAUCGAGCAAACGGAGAAGCUACUAGACCACCUGCACUGCAGAGAAGAAGAGAAGGUCAAUUGUGCCACCUUUAUGCUGCAAGACGAAGCAGACAGGUGGUGGAAGAGAGUCAAGAGGGCAAUGAACCCUCGGGCCAGGGCUCCCUACAUCACUUGGGAGCGAUUUAAGGAGCUCUUUAAUGAAAAAUACUUUCCCCUGAAUGUGAGAAUGAAAAAGGAAAGACAAUUCAUGGAGUUAAAACAGACCGAAGACAUGACUGUUGCUCAAUAUGAAGAUGCUUUUAGCCUAUUAAUCCGGUACAUGCCCAUUUAUGAAGGAGACGAAAGGAUCAAGGCCCAAAAGUUUUUGGGAGGGCUGGACCUGAAACUCCAGAGGGCAUUGAGUAGUAUAAAUACUCAGUCCUAUUCAGAAGUGGUGCUGCAAGCUUUUACCACUGAGGCCAACCUGAGCCGAAUUGAAGCGAUUCAAGGAGAAAGUCGACAAGGAAGCAGUUAUAAAACAGAUAAGAAAUUGGAACCCCAGAGGCCGAAGUUCAAACCUAGUACUCCGUGCCAAAGGUGCCAGAAGUAA